UUGGAUAGACGAAAAUACGGGUAUUCUCCAGCGAAGUUUCGAAGCGCGUGCAUGUAUUGUGGUGCAUAAUUGUAACGGAAUUAUCGGAACAACGCACAUAGCACUUGGUUCUAUUUCUUGCGUUAAUUCGUAACUUUUGUAUCCGUUUGUCUCGAAAGUAGUGAACAGUGAUUGUAACAAUGGUGUCCGGCGGCAUGGCUUGUAUCAAGUACCUGACGUUUCUCUUCAACUUAAUAUUUGCAAUAACUGGGAUCGUGUUUAUUGCAGUUGGCACUGUGAUUCUUGUAGUUUACAGUGGAUACAAUAAUUUUAUGGACAGUUGGUUCUUUGUGGCACCUGUAUUAAUGAUCGUAGUUGGUGCUGUUGUGUUCAUUGUAUCAUUCUUUGGCUGUUGUGGAGCUGUCAAGGAAAACCAUUGCAUGAUAAUCACGUUCUCGGUAUUGCUCCUUCUAAUAUUCGCACUGGAACUUGGUGCUGGUAUUUCUGGAUAUAUGAUGCGAGGAAAAGUUCAGGAUAUGGUAGAAAGUCGAAUGAAUACUACAAUGGAGAGCUACAUGACCAAUGAUGACAUUCAUAGAUCUUGGGAUAUCAUGCAACAUGACCUACAAUGUUGUGGAAUGAUUAGCUCAAAUGACUGGAGUCGCUUUGGUUUCGUGGACAACAUCGUACCAAAUUCUUGCUGUAGAGAAGUACCAAAAGGAUCUGAAUGUGACCUGAAUUCAAUUUACAUAUAUGAAAAUGGGUGUAUGCAUAAUCUUCAACAAGCUAUUGAGCAUAAUGCAUUGAUUUUGGGUGGUGUGGGCAUUGGGAUUGCUAUUAUUCAGUUAAUCGGAGUAAUCUUCGCAUGCUGUUUGGCACGUUCAAUUCGUCGCGAGUACGAGACUGUCGAAACCGCAGCACACUGAUCUGACAUCCAUUAGGAGGCAUUAUAACUCUAAGUGUUGUUCGUCGUGCAUUCAUUAAAAGAAUAAUUCUAAAGUCGUCGCAAGACCAUUUACUUAGAACCUGACUGCAGACUAAACCAAUGUUCAUCUGCAGUUUAUCUUAAGAAGAAAGCAGACCAUUGGAGAAUUAUAAUUCACUUACUGCCACUAUCUGCCAAAUGGUAAAAACCAAACUGCUCCUUCUUAGACUGCGCCGUGUAUGAAAUUAAAGUUUGCGACAUACGAAUGUUUUGAACGGAGAUAGGAUGAUCACUAUAUAUUUGGCUUGAUGUGUGUUACAGUCUGAAAGACUCUUUCAGUGCCUCAAUAUAUUAAAAUGAAAAUCAUCUUUUAAAUAUUCACUCUGUGCAACAUGUUUAAUUCAUUUAGUAUGUUGUAGUUUUAUUUUGUAAAAUGCAUUUUUAGCGUGUAUAGCGGAGCUGGAUAAAUAUUUACUUUUUAUAUUCUUCAAUUUGUGAAUUCCUGAAUUUGAAGACAAAAUAUUGAAGGUGUAUCGUAAUACCUUAUUUUCUAUUAAUAGUAUUUUGUUAUCGUAAACAUUAAUAAUAAUCAAAUAAAUAUGUGAAUACUUAAUUUUAUUUAUCGACUUCAAUUGGUAUGAACUAUUCUUUUGUUCUCUAAACUUACAUAUACUAUCAUUUUAUAUAAGCUAAAAUGACAUAAAGUGAACUGUACAAUACAAAUUUAAGUUAAAAAUCAUCCAUUUUUUUUAUACUGAAUUGCAGUUCGUAAGUAUUAGAAAUAUUGUUAUCCAGCUUCAGUAACUACAAAGUUAAUAUAAACAUCUAAAGUAGAAAAACAAUUUAUAUCUUUGUCAAUGAACUCUCUACAAAAAGUUUAUAAGUCAUUAAGUUAGAAAAAAAAGACAUACAUUUAUCUAUUCUCGAGCAGUUUUACAAAUUACAAUUUUUAUAAUUAUACUCUUUUAUACAAGUUGUAACCAAAAUAGAUGACCAAACUUUAGAAGUAUAUAUUUUACACAUUUUAAGGAUAAAACAGAAAAAGGUCGUAAAAUUCCUAAAGCAUUUCUUUAUUUUAUCUUCGGUUGUUUGUACUGGAUAAGAAUGAUCUAUAAUUCUAUCUGUUUGUUCUUAAAAUGUGUGAAGUAAGCUUUUAAACUUUGACUACCUCUUUUAGACUUUUUAUGUAGUUACGAUUUGUAUCACUGAUUGAGUGUUGACAAAAGAGAAAUUGAUUUCAUUUUUAAAAGCUAUGUAGAAUCGUGCAACAAAAGAAUACAAGAAUUUGUCCAAACUUUAGAAUUUAGAAAAUCGAUCGCAUAGUAGUCAACACGAACGAUUCGAAAUUUCGCGACGACAGAUUUUUAUUAUCGUUCACGCAAAACAGCUUCCAAAAAAAAGUCACGAAAUAAUAUUGCUCACUCACGGCAUUGCGUCGAUUUAACACGAAUUUUAUUGUAAUUACAAUAAUUGUCAUUGCAAUCCCCUUUUUCCUUAUUUUGAAAUCUCGCAUAUUUUAAUGUAACAAGAAAGUUACCGAGUAAUCAAAAGAAUUGGGUCGGGUACCUCCAGGUACCUCGGCUUAAGAUAAGAAAAGUCUGAAAGAAUUAAAUAACAAAAAAGCCAACCAGAAUAACUUUUAAAGUUUCCAAAAUUCGAAUCCUGCUCUAUUUCUAUGAUUGCCAGAAAGAACAAAAUUGAAAUCAUUUAUUCAUUGUAAAAGUAAUUCGAAUUAUUAAUCGAGAAGUUUUAAAGAUCCAUUUAUUUGCUUUUCGAUUCAUCUUUAGAGCUAUAUGACUAAUAUACAUAUAAAAUUAAAAUUAUACACAUACUCUAUAAAUUUAAUUUUAUACUUUUAGAUCACUCGAUUACGUUCAUUUCAAAGAUGACGAGAAAACACUUGUAUCGAAAUGUAAAUAAGUGGUUGUUUAACUUUGUAAUAAUUCGAAUUGUUCAUAGAAACAAUGAUUAAUGUUUUAGAUAGUUUUAGUAAUUGUAAAUUAACCCUUAACAAUAGUUGCACGGCCCCAGGAACCGCAUUAAUAUUUCUUUCGUCAAAUAUGAGUUAUAUUAUUCCAAAGAUUAUUGUUUUAAUAAAUAAAGUAUUUCGUACGCCCUUCUAGAAGUCAUUUAACUUUGAGGAGUUGCAGUUAGUACAGUCUUAAAUUCAGUUUGUGUUAUAUUUUGUACAUAAUUUUGACGGCUGGUAAUAUUUUGAAAUCAAUUAUUUAUAUAAAAAAUAAUGGAAUAGAUAUUUGCGAUUAAAAAGUAAUAACGCAUCGUUAAACUUUCGAAUAUAUUGGAAUCAGAAAAGGUUAAACUUUGAAGUUCAAAGUUUGAACAUAGAAUGUCAAAAGUCGUGACGUGAUUUUAUGUUACAUGAAAACUUAACCCUUUGCGCUCGAGGCAUUUUUCUAUAUUCUAUAGAAUCAAAUCCAGUCCAUUUUUAUAAUAAAUUUCUAUGAAACCAAAAAGUCUACUUCGAAGAAAAACACCUACGAACGUUCAUGACUCAAUGUAGUAUUAUUUCAAUUCAUAAUUAGUUGUAUUCUGAUGUAAGUGAAUUUGAAAUUGUACGUUCACAAAAUCAUUUUUAAAUUACAUGUGUCGCCUUAGAGGCGCCAUCCGAGCACAAAAGGUUAAAGCAACAUUAACACACUGAACUAUAACAAUAUUAUUGUAUUGGUAUACUUCGGUGCAUUUACGCCGUCCAAUUUGGCGCUGUGAUCGCUCACGAACGUUUUCUUGCUAAAAUUUAAAUGUAUAAUUAUAUAAUAGGUGUAGAAUUUUGUCGUGAAUAAUUAAUUGCUUCGAAAAAAUUGAUUUGUUAAAGUUCACUUUCGACAUUUGUUUGAUACAUCUUUAUUCUAAGAUAAAGAAAAAAAGUAGAAAGAAAUUUUUUCUAUUCCUACAAUUAUAUAUUUAUUAUUGUUUAGUAAUUUCCAAAAUUGUUCAAGUUAAUUUUACAGCUCCUUUUUCAAAAGGGGUCUCUGGGACCUUACAAUUAUCUUGUAACUCAUUCAGCUUGAUUUAUUUUGAACUUGGUCUGAACAAACUGCAUUGAUAUUGCGUUUAGGACUGAGAGGUGUUGUCUCAGACUCGUGGUGACGCAUUUCGGCCUAGGAUAUGCUUUACAAGCACUGAACUACGUUAAUAAUUGAUAUUACUAUACUAAUAACUAGCCUGCGGAUCUUUAUGCAUUUAUAGGAAAUUUGAAUGUGCAAGAACUUACAAAAUGCAAACAAUAUGCAAGAAUAUAAAAAAGAUUGAAAGUAAAGUUCAUGUUUUACUAUUUGCAGAAUAAAAUAAAUUCCUAUUUAGAUUCAAUUUUUGUAGGCACGUUCGCCAAGAUUUUAUUUUGCAUAAAGAUCCGUAGUCAACUAAUAACUAAUAAUUGGUAUAUUGCAGUGAUUACAGCCUCGCAGAUUUAUAUAGCUCAGUUUAAGCUGAAUGGGUUAAGCAUCGAUACUUGUACGACUGUAGUUAAGCGUUGACCCAUCUUUUAUAAAAAUAUUAUAUAUCAUAAAUUCUCCGUUCUAUUUACACAUAAUAAUUUAGCAUUAUUAUCGCAAAUAAUUCAUGUAAUUUUUAAUUUUAUAAAUUUUCAAAUUUGCUUAAUUCAUCGAGCAAUUUAAUAUUUAUUAGAAAAAUUACGAAAUAAACUAAAUAAUUUAACGAAGCUCUAUGAGUUGUCUGUGUUCGAUAUUUAUGUAAAUUGGAACCGAUACAGGGGGACUCAAUAGUUAUCGCGAGAUAAUAAGCGAGGUUUCAAUAAUAUUUAAGUAAGACGUAAUCGUAAAAGGAAACAAUUAGUAGGUAUAUAUUUCUCAGUAGACGAUAACCGAAACGUUAAGUGUCCCUAAUUUUUAGCGAUGUGUCUAAGUGGUUAAUUAAUUGAUUAGAGUUAAUUAAAGUAAUUGUAAUACCAGUUUAUUUGAAACUUGAUACAUACUUGAAUAUGUUCUCACUUAGAUUUGUAUAUUGCAAAUUUUGUUGAAACAUUCUCGAGGUUCAUAUAUUCGAUUAUCAAUUUUUAAUUGCAUUAUUUAUAAAUUGUAGAUUCGUUUUUUGUUACAUUGACUCUGUUUAACGAUGUUUUAGUUCGUAGUCUUAAGUCAUAGAUUUAUACAUGUAUUUCAUUUUGAACUAUGUUAAAUUUUAAACGCAUGGUUAAAUCAUAAAACUUUCAUAUUCAAAAACAAACGUCACUCAUUUAAUGAUAAGAUCCGAUCGACAUUGAUUCAUGUAAUUCUGUAAAAAAAAAUUGUAAUUAUUGCUUCAUGUAAAGAAGCAGAAAGUUUUGUAUAUUAUUCUUAAUUAAUCGGCUGAAAAGGAAAGACUGAUGGAAAGGUAAAAAAAAAAAAAAAAUACGGAAUCAAUAUUAAAUGAGAAAAAAAACGAUUGUUUUUUAUGACGUUUAUUAGUUUUUUAUUAUAUUUUUCUACUUGUAUUUUAAUUAAUUAAUGGAUACAUUAUUAACGUUCUUUAGGAACUGAUCACUUUAGCACGUCUUGUUCGUAUAACUUUUAUCUAUAUUAAUAAACUAUAGUAAGUAAGCAUUGCAUUAAUUUAUCCCACGGCAUAAUUAUUAUUUCCGUGAGAAUUUAUGGUUUGAUAUAAUUUUCCAAUUAACAGACUUCAUAACAUUAAAUCAAAAUUUAUUUACAAGUUCGCUCUACAAAUCGACAUGUAGGAGUUAAGAAAUUUGCCAUUCGAUGUAUAUUACAUAAAAUAAUUAAAUUGUGAGAAAAUUAUUCCUAUUUGUAUAAAAUAUUUUUAAAAGUUGAUAUAUUAGAGGAAAUUGGAACAAAAAACGAUCGCUUCAAAGUAAAGAAAAAAGGGCGGCGAGAAUUCUAUAUGAUCAGACUUUUUCUUUUAUUUUGUUAUAUUUAUUUAUGAUUAGCAGCUAACAUUCAGUAUUAUAUGGGAUGCUCUCCUGUACUGUCCUACAACUAUUUGUUGAUAAAACAAAUAAAUUCGCAGGAAAGAAUAGAGUAGAAUGAGAAUUCAAUUUAAACGGUAAUUCGUACAUCGUAACACAUAAUUUUAAAUGUUUUUAAACAAUCUUCGGACACUUAGAUAGCUAAAAGAUGUGUCUUGAACAUUCUUUUGUUUUAAUUCAUCGAAUUUACGAAUCAAUUUAAAUUGAGGUUUCUGAGAUUAUUAAAAUAUCGAUUUUCAUUCAAAUAUCAUUGAAAUAAUUGUCUUCUUAGAUUUUCUCAGAUAUAACAUAUUUGGAUAAAAAUAAUUCCCUUUUUGACUAACCUUUUUAAUUAUAAAAAGAGCAGAUUCAACGUUUAAUUUAUAUACAAUUUCAGUGGUCCAAAAGAUCUAUAGAUCGUGUUCUGAAAAAGUUGCAGAAUAUAUUUACAGGAAUUUUGACAGUGAUUAAAUUUAAAUAAACGAUGAAACUUUAUCACACAACGCGAGUAUAAAAACCUAAAUCGUUAAUUAAAAUAGUAAAUUCUCAGUGCUUAUAUUAUAUGAUUAACAUUUUUUUCUGCAAAUUUAUUUUUUACCAGAAGGAACCAUUAUUGAAUUAUUCUGCAAUCUGCUAACAUUAUCUGCAUCAUUAACUAGCAUAAAAUUUUGUUAGUUUCACAAUUCGCAUAGUUAAAUCGUUCUUUCAAUUAAUUUAUUCCUAACGAAAGAAAAUAACUUUGUGAGACUUAUUAGACGAAAUUAUCAUUAAUGUUACUAUAAUCAGUUUGUUAAUGUAAUCGAUAAAAUUCUGAUAAAAAUCAUGAUCUAUGGUUUAUCACUAAUAUACAGGACAUUUUGUUUAUUUACAGUUGUAGCGAUUUAAAUGUCACAGGCCCAAGUACCACAUAAUUUAGAAAUGGAAUUUCAAAUAAUCGAAAUUCCAAUCUUGUCAAAUUAAAUAAGCGCAACAUUUAGUUAAUUACGAGCAUUCGUAUAUUAUUGAACGCUAAAUUCAUAA